UGGCAAUUCCCUCAUGGAGUGCAAGCUGUGUGGUCAGGGUUUUCAGGGGAGCUAGACGAAAGUCGCACAACACUUCACGAUCAAGAACAAUUGCGCCAAAAUCUCCAUGGAGCAGAUGGCAGAGAUAUGGAACAAGACAAAGUACGGGUUCGAUUCAAGCCAUGCACGGAAGAUCGUGGACUUUCUGAAGUCUCGUGGGUUGCGAGACAACAGAUGUGGAUCGGGCAGGGAGCCGACGGGGAAUGAGGAGUUUGAGGACAGCGAGGAGGAGAGGAGGGCGGUCGAGGGUGGAGAUGAUGAUGGUGAGAGUGAUGCAGAGGACAUGCGGCGAGAGGUGGAGCGCGCCAGGGGAAAGAUGAGGAAGGAGAAGGUCGUUGACGAGGACAGCACCCCUGACGAGGACACCGACGACGACGAUGACGAUGAGGGAGCAGACCUUGGGGCCUCUCUGGAUGGGGGGUUGAUGGGCGAUGGCCGUCGUGGCCAAGAGGGGGCAGCUAGGGCAAUGAAGGAGGCUGCGGGAUCGAAGAAGAGAAAGAGGAAGGCGAAGAUGACUACCACUGAGGCGAGAUCAGCACCUUCUCAGGCCAAAAAGAGCAGAGUUCUUCGACAAACGUCCAUGCUGGAGACCUUCGAUCCAGUGUGGCAACGAGAAUUCUCGGACUCCGUCCUGCAGUGGUGGUACGUGAGCGGCAUCCCAUUCGAGGCGGCGAGGAGGCCAGAGUAUCAUAGGAUGAGGAAGAAGUUGCUCGAGUGUUCGCCGUAUGCACAUACGGCAUUACCCACGCACCAUGUCAUUUCGUGCGAAGGCAUCCCUCAGCAGCAGCGAGUUGUGGCGGACAUGGUGGCGGCCAUCCUCAGGGACAUUGAGGCGAUGGGAGCAACCAUCCUCACGGAUGGUCCCAAGUCCAUUACGAGCGACCAGAUAGUCAACUUCCUUGUUGCUGGUCCCACGGGCGCGUACCUUUUAAGGACUGUGCAGUGGGAUGGUGCUGUUCAGGAGACAGCAGAGGCCGUAGUGGAGCGAUGGAAGGACGUGUUCGACAAGUUUGGUGUCGACAAGGUGAACGCCAUUUGUACUGAUUCCGCGUCUGCGUAUGUUGCUGCGUCCAAGCUCCUCGCCCAGGAGGAAGUCAAGUAUAGCCGCAUCACUUGGCUUCCGUGAUGGGCGCGACGGGAGCCUCGGGAAGAGGGAGGACACCAUCAUCAGGGCUUGAGCUGUCGUGCGUUUCAUCAGAGAGCACGGGGCGGCUCUGAGCCUUUAUCGACGGUUCUCUGUCGCCCACCCGUCUUCCGCCUCCGCGGCGGCUGGUGGUUCGAGCUUUGCGCCACCCUCGUCUCAGCGGCGAGGCAGGGAGCUUGUGUACCCUGUGGAGACGAGGUUUGCCACCCACUACUUGAUGCUGGAGAGGCUGCUGGAUCGUCGCAGAGCGUUGGAGGCGUUGAUGAUGAGCGAGGAUUGGCUGCGGACUGCAUGGAGGAGGUCCAUUUUUCUGCAGGCCAGAUGGGUGCGUCAUCAGGUGCGGUACGCUUCAUUCUGGGAGCACGUGGAGGACAUCGUGGCGCUCAUGACGCCUGUGAUGCAGUUGCUACGGCGUCUGGACAGGGGGGGUCGCGUGAUUACUCGCAUGUGGUCGACGUCGGAGGGACUCGCGAGCGUGUCGACGAGGGAGACGACGGCGAUGGCGACGAUAGGGAGGGAUAUGAGGGCAACAGUGAGGAUGAGGAUGAUCCCUGUUAUUCCCCGACACGCGGACAUGGUGACGACGACGACGACGAGGGCAGCGACGGUGGACGAGCUGUGGGUGGUUUGCGGAAGUCCGAGAGACAGCGUGGCGACCGAUGCAGUGGUGCAGGCAGGGGAGGCAGCGGGCCGGGUGUUGGGGGUGCAGGGCGCACAGGUGGUGCAGGGCGUGCUGGCACAGGAAAAGUAAGGCCAGAGUGUGCAUCGUCCACUCGCACUAUGCAUUGGGUUGAUGAGGAGAGGCGCGCUGAGGCAGCUGUGGUUGCUCCCUCCCCUAUGGAGGUUGCUCCCUCCCCUGCAGAGUUCGCUGCGGCGUCUGCAGAGGGCGCAGCGGCGACUGCGGAGGGUCCAGGCGGGUUUGCGGGUGGUAGUGGCGAUGCUGGAGAGGUUGGGAGGCCAUCUCCACACGUGGGUGUCAGUUUCAGCGACAUCAUUUUUUAUGUUUCGUUAGGGCAUCCUUCGACACCGGCAGGGGAGCGUGUCGGUGUCGAUGUGGACGCAGCGGCCACGCCCGUCAGUCAGAUACUUCGUGACAUACCUUCAUGCAGCACGGGCGACAUCAGUAGUAGCAUGUUGCAGGAGGCAGUAGAGGGGGCAGCACGAGCGUGCAGGAUCGACCACGAGGAGAGGAGGAGGGCGCAGGGGUUGGCUAGCCGUUGCGAGAUGACGCAGAGUGUUGGAUUGAGGGCACGUGCAGCGCGGAUGCUCGAGACGGGCGUUGAGGCAGGUGAUGCAGAGGGCGAGUGCGGUGCUGCGAGCAUAGGGGAUGCAGGCGAGAGACCUGCGUUGCCAGUUCAGGGUGUUUGCGUAUUGCCUCUCGGUGGGGCCAUGUCGGCGGGGGAGUUGGAGCGGCAAGCACGGGAGGACCCGUUGCAGGCAGAUGACCGAGGCGUCGAGGAGACUGAUGGCAGAGGCCCCGGCUUACGUGCCUUGCAGCCCGUCAGUGCCAUCGUCCACCACAGGUGUCAGCACACCCGCAUAUGUGGAGGGCACAGUCGCGGCAGAGGCGGUACGGGGCCCCUUGCUGACACCCGCCGAGGAGUCUCCUUCUCCUCAGUCACAAAAGAAGAAGAUGAGAGCAGGGAAAAGUCUUAGUACCGUGAGGAGAGUGACGCAGACGAUGCGGGCGAGUCAGAUUAGGUUGACCGGUUUACAUCCGCGGACACGG